GACCCACGUUAGUUGCAGAAGGACGUCUGACUGGAGGCGAUGUGCUGACUGUCUUCUUCUGUGUCAUGAUCGGGGCUUUCUCCAUUGGCAACAUAACCCCAUCGGUCACAGCCAUCACCACCGCCAGGGGUGCAGCGGUGAUUCUUUUCGAAAUCAUUGAUGCCACUCCUGUCAUCGAUGCUCGUUCCAAGAAGGGUGUCACCCCUGCAGAGAUGACGGGGAACAUCGACUUCCAAGGGGUGCACUUCUCUUACCCCACCCGACCCGAUGUACCGGUGUUGAAAGGGGUAGAUCUGAGCAUCAGGAAGGGGCAGACGGUGGCCUUGGUGGGGUCCAGUGGGUGUGGCAAGUCUACCGCUUUCAACCUGCUCCUCCGAUUCUAUGAUAAACUCUCUGGCAAGAUCUUAAUUGAUGGUAAUGAAAUCACCGAGCUGAAUCUCCGCUGGUUGAGGGAGAACAUAGGUGUGGUGAGCCAGGAACCAAUCCUCUUCAACUGCUCCAUAGAAACCAACAUUUCUUACGGACGAGAUGGUGUUACUAAGGAGGAGAUCAUCAAGGCUGCCAAGAUGGCCAACGCCCAUGACUUCAUCUCAAAACUACCCAAGGGUUAUGAUACGAUGGUUGGUGAGCGUGGAGCCCAGCUGUCCGGUGGUCAGAAGCAGAGAGUGGCCAUCGCCAGAGCUCUGGUCAGAAACCCACCUAUCCUUCUAUUGGACGAAGCUACCUCAGCCCUGGACCGAGAGAGUGAGAAGGUCGUACAACAAGCUCUGGAUAAGGCCUCUGAGGGUCGGACAACCGUCGUGAUUGCUCACCGUUUGACCACCAUCAGGAAUGCUGACGUCAUCUACGCCUUUAAAGAUGGACAGGUCGUCGAGUUUGGUGAUCACGCUGAGUUGAUGAAGAGAGACGGGGUCUACAAGCAGCUUGUGACACUGCAGACUCUCGAUGGGGCAGGAGAACCAUCUGAGAGCCUUAAAGAGAAGAUGGCAAGCAUCAGCUCCCCUUCCCGUCAAAUAUCACGUGACACAUCCAGACAGAUAUCUCGAGAGAUGUCCCGCCAAAUCUCGAACGCUAGUAGCGGUAAAGGAAGUCAGCUGGAAGAGGAUGAAGAAAUCGAGGAGGAAGAGGUGGAACGAGCUAGUUAUAUGGAGAUACUGAAGCUAAACAAACCUGAGUGGCCCUACAUAGUUGUUGGGACCUUCUUCGCCGGUGUACUGGGAAUUGCUAUGCCAGCAUUUGCUAUUCUCUUCAGUGAAGUCGUAUCGGUGUUUAGUCUACCGCCGGACCAGAUCAAAGAAGAGGCAACGUUCUGGGGUCUCAUGUUCGUGGCCCUGGGUUGCGUCCUAUUCGUUGCUCACAGUAUGACUGGUAUCUGCUUUGCUGUGUCCGGAGAGGACUUAACCCUACGACUCCGAAGAAAAGCAUUCUGGACCAUCCUAAGACAGGAUAUCACUUACUUCGAUCAACCUAAUCACAGCACUGGUGCACUGGCUACUAGACUCUCAUCUGAUGCGUCUAACGUCAAAGGGGCGACGGGAGUUCGGCUAAGCACCGUUUUACAGUCUCUGGUGACGAUGGCUGCUGCAUUGGCUAUAGGGUUCAUCUUCGGCUGGCAGCUAGCCCUCCUCAUCUUCGGUUGUCUUCCGUUGCUAUCGGCAAUGGGAGCUAUUCAGAUGAAAGUGUUACAAGGAGCACAGUCCAGAGACAGGGCUCUCAUUGAAGAAAGUGGAAAGAUAGCUGCAGAAUCGAUCGAGAAUGUACGUACCGUAACAGCUCUUAGUUUGGAAGAUAGAAUGAUCAGGAACUAUGCAGAGAAGCUGGAACAACCGUACAAACAAGGAAAGAUCAACAGUCAGAUGAUAGGCUUGGGCUUUGGUGUAUCCCAAGGAAUGAUCUUCUUCAUCUAUGCCGCAUCAUUCCGGCUCGGAGGGUAUCUGGUGUCCAUUGGCGAGAUGAGCGGUGAUGAUGUUUUCAAGGUGAUCUUUGGUGUGGCCUUUGCUGGUAUCUCACUUGGUCGGGCCAUGGCUCUUCUCCCAGACUACGCCAAGGCUCGCCAUUCUGCAGAACUUAUGCUUCAUCUCUUCGCCACCAAGCCACUUAUUGAUAACUACUCCAUUGACGGAGACAAACCGGAACAAGUGGAGGGCAAGAUCGAGUACAGCGGUCUCAAGUUCGCUUACCCUACGAGAUCAGACAUCACCAUCCUCAAGGGACUCGAUCUAACCAUCAAACCAGGCCAGACUGUAGCCCUGGUAGGGGAGAGUGGGUGUGGUAAAAGUACUCUGGUAUCACUCCUCGAGAGAUUCUAUGAUCCUGAACAAGGCUCAGUGAAUGUUGAUGGUAAGUCAGUGAAAGACCUCAACAUCCAGUGGCUUCGAGCAAACAUGGCGAUCGUGAGUCAAGAACCAAUCCUCUUUGCCUGUUCUAUCGGAGACAACAUCCAAUAUGGCGUUGAAAAGCCAAUGGACAUGGCGAGUAUUGAGAAAGUCGCCAAGAUGGCCAACAUCCAUGACUUUAUUUCUUCUCUUCCUCUAGGUUAUGACACGCUAGUGGGAGAAAAAGGAACCCAGCUAUCUGGUGGUCAGAAGCAAAGAGUGGCCAUCGCCAGAGCUAUGGCUAGAAAUCCUCGUAUCCUCCUCCUGGAUGAAGCUACCUCAGCACUGGAUACAGAGAGCGAAAGGGUCGUCCAAGCAGCCCUCGACAACGCCAUGAAAGACCGGACAUCGAUCGUCAUCGCCCACCGUCUCUCCACCAUCCGGAACGCUGACGUCAUCGCCGUCAUCAGAGAUGGAGUCGUGGUCGAGAGCGGGAGCCAUCAGGAGCUCCUUAAGAAGAGGGGGCACUAUUUUACGCUCACAGGAGGGCUAGUCGUUGAUGACGUCAACGAGAAGAAAGCUAUAAAGUCGGGAUAGAAUAUAUACCCCACCCCCCCCCCCCCCAAAACAAAACAAAAAAUAGUUCAAUGUAACAGAUGUACUUUAGAAGAGGGGCACUACUUUAUGCUCACUGUGGGACUUGUUGUUGAUGACGCUUAUCUGUAGAAUCCUAUAAAAUAACGAUAGCAAAAGUCACAGGGCAUAAUCAUAAAGAAAACUCUACCUAUUAACUAUAGCUCUCUGUAUUAAAGAGAGAUUUCAUGAAGAAGAUGGACCACCCUUUUACGCUCA